GUAAUUACUGUAUAGCCAUAAAGCCAGGCGUUCUCAAUUUUAUGGGGCUCUAUAAAUUCCCCCUACCAGAGUUCUGAUUCCAUGCUCCCUCUCUUCAACCAAACUGCAAAAAUACCACAACUCUUUCCAUCUCCAAGUUCUCCACAAGCAGCAUCUUGACUCUUUUACGGUAGCUGGGAAUAAUAAUAACCUUCAGCUUUUAAAGUUCUGCCAUGGCCAUCUCGACCCUGCUUCAUCCCCUUGUAGUUUUGCUUUUAUCAACUGCUUUAGCUACUACAAACGCUAACACAGAAGGGGAUGCUUUAUACGCGUUGAGAAGAGCUGUUAAAGAUCCACAAGGUGUUCUUGAAAGCUGGGAUCCGACUCUGGUGGAUCCUUGUACUUGGUUCCAUGUCACUUGUGACUCUGAUAGUCGGGUUACCCGUCUAGACCUCGGAAAUGGAAAGCUGUCGGGCAGCCUAGUCCCUGAGUUGGGGAAGCUGGAACGUUUACAAUAUCUGGAACUAUACAUGAACGACUUGGUGGGUCCUCUACCAGAGGAACUGGGAGGACUUAAAAGCCUUAUCAGCUUGGAUCUUUACCACAAUAACCUUACUGGACCCAUCCCUUCUUCACUCUCCAAGCUCUCUAAUCUCAAGUUCUUGAGACUUAAUGGUAACAGACUGACAGGAAGGAUUCCAAGGGAACUUACUAAACUUGGAAGCCUCAAGAUCCUUGACGUGUCAAACAAUGAUUUGUGUGGAACAAUUCCAACCUGGGGUUCAUUCUCAAAGUUCUCUGAGGAAAGUUUCAUGAAUAAUCCGAGACUAGAGGGACCAGAAUUGAUGGGAUUUGUGAGAUACGAUGUAGGAGGAGACUGUAAAUGAGGCACCAAAGAGGGAAGGAGCCACUAUGACCAAUUCCAUAAUAAUGUCUCUUCAUAUGGAAACAGCUAAUAAUUGUCUAAUUUGUGUAACUAAUUAGGGUUCUUGUAUUAAGUGGAGAUAUCCUUUAUCUUUACGGAUGUAUGUGAUUAAGUUUUCAACCAUCUGUAUUUGUUUUUGGCUCCUAAAUAUAUAUAUGGUAUAUAUCUUUUGCUUCAUAA